AUGGAGAUGAAGAUAAUGUACGACGACGCCGAGGCGGAGAUGUCCUCCUCGGCCCACGUGCAGAGACGCCAUGAGAAGAAGGGCCGCCUGAUCUGCGACGUGAAGCUGGCGAAGAAGGCAUGGAUUGCGCCGGGGCAGCACAUCGACUACACCUUCGAGAUCGAGAUGCAGGCCAUGGGCGGCAAGAAGCUGCCCUUCAUCAUGCGCGCCACCGGCUUCCCCGUCGCAUUUUUGCAUAUAGCAAUAUAUGACACGGUGCCCAACAAGUGGGAUGGAGGCGGCGAUAAACGUGAGCACGACGAGGACCAUGACGACAAUGGCCAAACACUUGGCGUGGGGUCGAGUCACAGCUCCCACCGUCACCACCAUGGACAGAUAGAGCCCGAGAGCUAUCGCACAGAAGAAGAAGAAACCAGCCACGUUGACAGGCCCUACCAUGAAGCGUCCGGCGAUCGCCGUGAAGAGGCCGCCAAAACUGGCGAUGCCCUACGACAGGUCCAGCAGAUGGCCCAGGUCAUGUAUGGCAAUGAUGAUACCACAUAUGGCCUGCUCAAACAGCAAAUAAAAUUGUUGUCCAGUUAUUCUUUGAAGGCACUCUGGUUCGCCAUGACCAUGUUCUACGCGUCCCUGACCCAUCACUAUUCUACAUCAACAACAUUCAGCGUCGAAGACACACUGUUCCUGGUUGCUAUCAUCGUGGAUGCAGCGCUCAUCCUACUGCUGUCAAAAUGGGGCAACGCCUUGGUCUGCAUCUCAUGGUUCCUCCUAGAGCUGGCGACCUGCCUUCUGAUUCUAUCGUUCAACAAACAUUACGCCUUCGCCAUCCUCGCCGCGCUACUCCUGGCCGUCGUCGUCGCCCUCCUCCAGCCAAAGCUGCAGCACGCGGCCGAUAGGCACGUGUUGCCAUUCUUCACACAGGACAUGAUCGGAGACGAUGAGGAGAGUCCACACCUGGGCCAUCUGUUGGACCUGUCGCAGGGCAUCGCCAGUUUUGGCGGCCUCUUCAUGGCGAUCGCCGGACGCUUCAUGGUAGGGCCUGUCAACGCGUUUGGUUUCUUCUUCUUCUGUGCGAUAGCUCUCAGGCUCUAUCUGUCCAUGGUAGUGACGGUGGGAGCCGUGACUCGACCCCACGCCAAGUGUCUGGCCAUUGUCGUCAUGGUCCUCGUUGUGCUCACGUUUAUCGCCGCCUGCAUCCCACUUGUUGGGCACUUGGGAAGCAAGCCACAGGUUGUCACGUAG